UUAGGAAAAUGGUGAGGAAGAUAUUUCUUGUAAUCGCGUGUCUGUUUCUGCAUAUGAUAUCCGCUGGGAUGAGCCUCUCAUUUGGCGUUUUAUACAGGGAAAUGAGGAUAGAGUUCGGGUCAAGUCAGUCAGAAGCGGCCUGGAUCGCGUCUAUUUUCAACGGAUUGCUAGGACUUUUAGGUAUUCCACUGAGUUUUAUUACUAACAAGAUAGGUGAGAGAUGGCCGGCUGUGUGUGGUUCGGUACUUCUAUCACUUGGCAUGCUGACAAGUAUAUUUGCAACCAAAAUGAGCAAUGUGUAUAUGACAUACGGGUUACUUGCAGGUUUAGGCGCUGGAAUAUCACAUUACUGCGGAUAUACUGUCCUGACACCUCACUUUGACAACACAUGGCGCCCUGUGGCAAUGACUGUCGCCGGUGCUGGAAUUCCACUGAGUGCUUUGAUAUUACCGCCUGUCCUAACAAUACUGAUAGAACAAUUUGAUUGGAGGAAAGCUUUCAUGUUUCUCGCAUGCUUAUCAUUUCUUGGGAUACCAGCAGGUCUUAGUUUCUUUCCACCGAAACUACACAUAGACUCCGGUUCAGAAUCAAGUCCUGGCCAGCAAAACAGUUGGAAGUUAUCUCUAUCAAGAUGUCUAAAAAACCUUAACUACAUGUUAUACUUUGUGACAACGUGUGUAGUAUAUCUCGUUGCUUAUGCUCCUGCAACACUUUUACCGGACCUUAUGCAUGAAUUCGGUAGAAGUUCCAGUGAGGUGUAUAGCUGUGUGAUGACAAUGGGAGCCUGUGACUUGGUUGGUAGAUUGUUGUCUGGAUUUUUGGUGCACAAGAUCCCGAGUAAGUUGGCAUUAAUUCACAGUGCCGGCAUAAUGGUUCUAUGUGUGUCAUCGGGUCUAAUUGCGUUAUCGAGAUCUAUUGGAACUUUUGUUAUCAUGUCAGCAUUUCUUGGUUUAGGGUCAGGUUGUUUUUUUGGAUUACACUUCGUCACGUCUGCUCAGUUACUUCCUGUUGUAGACGUUCGAUUCGGUUAUGGCCUUGUUUUGACUUUUGGGGGAUUGUCACUUGUAGCUGGGAUGCCUCUUGCAGGAUUUGUAAGCGAUCAUUUCAAGACAGAAAGGGGAGCAUUUAUUUUCUCAAGUAUUCUGUUCUUUAUUGGAUCUUUGCUUGAACUAAUAACUGGAAUAAGGGAAGUAUGUGGACAAAAAUCAAGAAAGUCAUAUGCUAUGGAAUCUGUGGAAAAUACUUCAUACGUUACAGGCGAAGAGUUUCAAGUUCAUAGUAAGAAAAGAGAUGAUGUUGUAGUUGUUGAUUCUUCGUAUAUUUGACUGUAUAAGAUUAUAUAGGCAAAAACAAUAUACCUUAUAUACAUUGUUCUUAACUCCUUCGGUUAAUUAAGAUAUACAGUUAAACGGGAAUGAUAAUUAUACAUUUGUGCUGCUUUUUCAUUUUUAUUCUUAUAACAUGUAUGUACAUUUUAAAUGCAACAUUGCAUGAAUUCGUUUAUCUUUAUUUCAUGGGUUGUCGAACUUCCUUUUUGAAUAUUUAAAACAAAACGUAUUUAUGCUGAUCUGUGCUUUUCCAUUGUUCUAUAUUAUACUGUAAUACAGAUAUUUUAACGUAAACUUAACUACUGCCUAGUUGUAGUCUGUAGCUUUUAACUGAUUCAAAAUUAACUGAUUAUAAAAAAGCCUUUAUUACUUAAAAGAUAAAUUUGGCUCCCACCAUAAUAUAACAAAUUACAAGAGAAAGAGUUAAAGACAAAAUUGACCAUUUCAAGUAUAUAUAUAUACCUGAAUAAUACCGGAAGAUAGUAGCGAUGGAAGAAACUGAAUAGUUUAUUGUUGCCUCUCGUAGAUAAAUAAAUAUAAUUCUAUUGCAAACAUAAAAUUAUGAUGAAGGAAUUAGAAACUUAUCAAUAAAACUGUAAUACAUAUACAUAUAAAUUGAUUGCUGCAACUUUGUUUAUGAAUGGUAGCAGCAUUAUAUCUCGUGCCCAUAAAAACAGAUAUUCUC